UCACUUUUUCUUUCGUUUGCGAGUUGAUUUGAGUGUUGGGAUGUUAGAGUUUGUUUGUUUCCUAUAGUUAAAAGUGUUUUUGGAGAUUGGAAAUGUUUGCACGUAAAAAAAUCAACAAACAACUUUAUGAUGCUGUGCAGAGAAAUGAUGUGGAGACAGUCACUCGUUUAAUUAAAAGAGGAGCAGACGUUAAUACACGUCGUGGGAGAUUGAAUCGGACUGUUCUGAUAGAAGCUUGUUGGAAUGAUAACACGGAAAUUGUUGAGCUGCUAUUAAGAAGUGGAUCAGACGUGAAUAAGACCGACGACGAUGGAUGGACAGCAUUGCAUUGGGCUGCUAGGAGCGAUCACUCCGAAGUUGUUCGUAUUCUGUUAGAAAAUGAAUGUGAUAUGAACAUAAAAACCAAUCACAGCUUUAGCUACUAG